GAGAUGGCUCUCCAAGUGCUGGGGUGGCAGAAAACACACGUUAUCCGUGUCAAUAAGUGGCUCCUCGGUAGAGCCACAUGACAAUAGCGCACUACGGCCUGUCACAAAAUGCUUGCAGAGCAGUAACCGCUCACUGGUCGCAAAAGGGGGUAUCCCGUGUUGUUGGAAGAGCAAAAAGAAAAAUAAAUUAGCACUCUGAAAUUUCUUGCAACCUCUCAACACUCAGAAGAGUUUAUUUUGCGAGGGAGGAAUAUUUUUCUUUGCCUGUCAUUUGCCCAACAUGGUGGUUUGCCUCAUUCUAAAGCAUGAGUGCACUCUAAAUACACGCUCCUUUAAAAAAAACUUAGUUCCCUACUUAGACUUGAUAAGAAACUGGGAUUUUGGCUAAUUAUUUUUUUGUAUUAAUCAUUUCAGGGAUUUCCGCACCUUUAAUAGUUUAAAUAAUUAAGAAGAUCAGGAUCACAAUAGAGGCGCUUGAUGACACUCAUCCUUGGCAUUUUUUACUGAACUGAUGAUCCCUUUUGCACUAAGCCCAUAUCAUACAUGGAGAUUAUACUGUAUCUGGCUGUGCUCCGAGAGGAGGGAUAGCGGCUAAGCCUAAAGUCAGUUGAGCUGUUCAACUUUCAUAACCUCCCAAAGCUGCUCAUAUAAACUGAUGGGGAAGCUGAACACAUGUACUAUUCCUCAUUGCCUCAGUACAUACGUGCUGCAUGCAUAUAACGCAGACACUGCUAGCCUAACAAAAGUAUGGUCAAUAAAUGCAAAAUCUCAACAUAUUUUGGAUGUUUGUACUUGCUUGUGCUUGCUGGCGUGGGUCAUAUUCGAAAGUGGUAUUCAGUGUGUGCCAGAUGGCCGCCAGCCUUUUGUAAAAGCAACAUCAACAUGUUUAACAUGGGUUUAGAGGUGAUGUUGUUGUGCUAAAAGAGGAUCCGACAGAGACAGAUUAAGAGCCAGGAUAGACUCUUUAGAAAGUAGCUGAGACGCAUAUAAAAAAAAUAAUGAGGCAACGUUGUGUUUCUCUGCCAAGAAUAAUGCAAUCGCUUCACAUCAAAAGGGUGAUUCAAAUGUCUGCACUGCACUUGGACUCUCUCCUCCCAUAACAGCACAGGCCAGAAAUACUGAGACAGGUGUCAAAUGUGCAUCUUUAAAUCUACCUUCACCUCACUCCUCAAUAAUCCUGCUUUAACAGCAAUAGGUAUGAGUUGUGCGAUUCCGUGCUAAGCCGUUGGGUCACUGGAUUAAUCCGUAUCUAAUCCAGGGGACCCGAUAGUAGGCCUUCUAAAAUAAAAUUGAAACUUUUUAAGCCACUUACCCAAAUCCAGUGGAUGAAAAAGGAUACCAGAAUCGUGUUUAAAAUUCAAAGAAUGUGACCAAAAAUUGUCACAACUUUUCCGGCAUUGCUCAAAAGCUUCCCUUUUUGCUCAAUAAUGAACAUCAGCUUUCUAGCUAACAAGGAACAGGCUUGUUUUGAUUAUCCCAUGGUCUCUGAGUGACAGAGCACGAGCCAACCGAUGUGGCUACCAGCAAAAUUACACCACAGGCUUUUUUUGGUUGCAUUAGAACCGGGGCCGGAUAUAGAACAGCCAAUCCUGGCUCUGAAAUCCCACUUUAUUUUACAACCUCUUAGCCCACCCUGGUGCCACCACAACAAAGCUGACUCACCAAGUUUGUCACUUUUCUUCUUCAUUAUUCUGGCAUUUUGUGGGCAGGUUGGGAUUUAGUGGUGGAAGAGCCUGCAGGUGCUCAUUCUCUGUGGACCUUGCAUGCUGGGCUAACCUCUGAGCUAGAGGUGUCUGACGGAUUAAUACGGACACACACACAGAGCGAGACCUGUGCUCUGCCACCAACACUGCAGCCAGGUGUUAACCCACGUGACUGCAGAUAAAGCCGGCAGGCAUUAGUGCUAAUCCCGCCCUGAUCUUUGGAAUAUGUCCCUAUUACCUCCCCAAGCACUCUCUAGCUGUCCCCAGGUCUCCUGAUGGUCACUUAAGAGGGAAAAGACAAGACAAAGCCUCUCUAGGACUCCAAAAAGCACGUUGUUUCUUUGCAGCAACAUAGUAGGUGCCUUUCCCACUCUUUGGUUUGCUACUGCUAUCUUACGAGUGCAGGUAUUUACGGGGUGUGUUCAGAGUAAUACAGAAACAGCCAGUCACAUGGCUCCAGCGAAGCCGCAACUCACGGUGCAUUAACAGUGCUCUGUAGGCACAGGCCUCACGUUUAUGCAGUGGCAAACACACUGUGGUUAGACCUGGACAGAUUUCUUGAUAUCAAGAAACAGCAAGAUGAUAUAAGAAAGAUAAUCUAGUCUUAUGUGAUGGAGCUGCUGAUUUUAGCAUGUGUACACCAUAGAAGUGAAGUGGGUGUCUGGCCAACAAUUGAAGGUUGUACUUUGUCUAAAUUUCUAGACAAGCAUGCGUCAGAUGACUGGGAAAGAGUGAAACCACGCAACUGCUGUACGUGUGUGUUUAUGGUAUGUAUGAGUCACAGAGAGAAAGGGAGACAGGGUGAAACAGAAGAGGCUGUAUUUAGAGAAUAUAUAGGAACAAAUGCUGCUGCAUGGUGAGACAUUGAAGUUGGUAUCUGCUUCUUUUUUUUCCAGCACAAAGACGCUCUUCAUUUUUGCUGUUCUGUGAUCUUCUGUCACAAUGACCGUGUCUCACUGGUCUCGAUCCAGACUGGCUGACAGGAAAGCCCCCCUAUCUGCUGUCUUCAUUCAAAAGUAAAAACCACAAACGCCGCUUAUCCCCAUUUUGACAGAUCUCUACUUCAUCCGUAGGCUGUGACAUUCUGUUGAGUGUCUCCUUCUGGCCAGAGAAGGAGGGGUUUGACACGGGUGCCAUGCUGCUAUAUAAUUACAUUACCACCAGCUUAGAAGCACCAAGGCCACUGACCCAAUUAUUCCCCGAAAACGUCGAUUUUAUUGUGUCAUUUGAAAGAAUGCGAUCUUUCAGAUCAUCAACAAGAGCUCAGUUGAUCGCUGCAGAUCGGCCUCCAACUGCGCCAUGCGUGCAUGCAUGCGUUAGAGAAUACAUAAUGUCUCGGGAAUGGCUUUGACAGACUUAAGCAUUUCUGGAUGAACAGUUCACUUUCAUGGUUUGCCUCGGACACGUUAAGAGCCUUCUGGGACUGUUUUCUCUCUGCUGGUAGCUCUUCAGGUGACAUAUGGCCCAGAGCAAAUGUCAGGUGUGCUAUCACUCCCACACUCUCUCUAGAAUCACAAAAUCCUCAUUUCCGGCCGUUUCCAUGGCUUCAGACUGUUUUCUCGUCGUAAAUAGAAGAUUUUAUCCCUUUGUUUUGGGCCUGACACAAUCAACCGGCCUUCAUAUGCACACACUGGAGCAUGCAUGGGCAUAUCAUGAUGCUUUGUGAGGGCCAGACAUGUUGUGUGGGAGCUGGUUUAGUUGUUUUUGCGAGUCAUCUGCACUUUUAUACCUCUGUUUGAGGAUGAGUUUUCCUUCUGCUACAGAGUCCUAAGGGCUUCCACUAUAUCCUCUCUGCAUUUACUGCUCUUCUCUGUUUGCUAGGGAACGAAAAAAAGCAGUAUUUGUCCUCAGGAAGUCAGCUACUCAUUUACAUAUCCAUUGCCCUCCCAAGAAAACGCAGGUGCCUCUUCUCUCUAUCAGUAAGUGUAUAUAUAUGUCCACAGCGGUGGGGGCCAGUUACACAUAUUAAAUGUCUGUGCUGAUUAAUCAUCCGUGAACAUCUGAACAAGCUGCAGUGUGAUCCUUGGCACUUUUAUUGGCGCCAAUUGACUGCAGAUGUGACUAAUGUGUUUCUGAGUGGUGCAAUUAUGACAAUCAAAGUGUCUUCAGGGACAUGAGAUCAGUGCUUGAUGAUGAAUCUCCAUCCAGUGGCAGAGACAGUGGAAGACUUAUCUGUUCUUUACGAGGUAAUUGUUUUAUCAGGAUGAGCCACGGAGGCUGAGGACACCGAUGCAUCUCUGCCAUGUGAAAUCGCUAACUCCAUGGAUUAAUAACUGCCCAAAAUUGGCCUAUUAAUAGCAUAGGAAAACAAAGCUCUCAUCCUUAGCUGUGUAGAGUAGAAAACGGCUUCAUUUAAGCUGAGAAUUCCACAAGUUAAUGCCUGGUGGACCGAGCUCUCUGCCGUUAGGGUUUGGGGUCAAAGAAACAAAAUGAAAGUUCCCAUUUAGGCCUCCAUAUAUAACUUCUGAGGCCUUCGCAGGCGAGAAACAAGCGUCAGACAUAUGGCCAGUCAGUGAGUAACAUUCGGCCACAGCUACCACGCCACCUCCAUGUUUGAUUUACUUAGACUGUGUGUCAAUUGAGGUUGCUAGGUGAAAUGUUUGACUUUCAAAUGAUUGUCGUCGUACCCCUUCAUUGUGCAGAAGCCGCUUACCACGUCAAACACAUAUGGAAUUAUGAGUGAUGACUCAAGCUUUGGCUGAUAUGACUGGUUAUACCUGUUUAUAUGCUGUUUGCACCACUGCAGCUCAUGCGCACAGUCCCUUUCUAUUUUCCAUCUGUGUUGUCCGAAUCACGCAGAUGCAGAGGAGUGCAGGGAAUUUUCAACCACCAUGAGAAAACUGCAAUGCUCCUACUGUUUUUGUCUCUGUCCUGUGAUCUAUAGGAGUUGCUGACUUUUAGAGAAAACACUUAUUUUAGAGUUUUGUUUCUAUAAAGUAUCGGGCAACCAUGCAACAUGUUUUCUCAUUGUAAACAAUCCGACUGCCUGCAUACAUUCCCCUGCAGAAUCCGGCCUGGCAAAGCACUUUCUAAAGCUGGUCUGGAUUUGCUGUUAGUCACUGCCAGUGUACUGUUUCCGGCUCUGGGGGAAUGCUUUGCUCAUUGCUGACAAGAUGUGAAGAGAACAAAGCAGUGGGCUUGUAAAAAAAAAUAAAUAUACCAGUGGUUUGACAUUAAGGGAAAAAAGAAAACAUGGCACAUAAGUCCUCCAAAUUGAGUUUUGUGGCUGCAGUGUUGCUGCAUCUGUUGGAAGGGAGGGAAGAUAAAAGGGUAUACACGCUUGCACGUCCUAUCAUACAUAGAAUUCCAAAUAGGUGUGGUUGAGACAUUGUAAAGGAAGGAAUGUGUUUUCCCUCUUUUCAAAGGUUUUUUGGGGAGGUUUUAGAAAUUGGGGGUGGAGGCGGCUCAGAUGCUCAUUCUCAUCAGGUAUUUUUAUAAAUUAUUUUCUGCAGGUUUGCAGGGGUUGCAUCCCGUUUGUCUUCAGCUCAAAUAAGGAAUGGCAGUCGUGUUGUUUUUCCUUUUUUCUACUUUUUUCACUUUCCCAGGCUGCAGUGAUACAACUUUAAACACACAUCUGCAUUCUUGGGUGUCAGCGAGUGAUGUCGAGCUCACAGAUCGUGACCUCACUUAUAGUGAGAAUGAGCUGGCAGCAGAAUCAGAGAAAGUAAACCGGUGGUAAAUUAAAAGCCCCGCUGCAGAAGCCUCACUCGAGAGAAGUAGAUUUGUGGAAAGGUCGCAGAAAUGUGAUGGUGGUAGAUAUAGUAGUUUCGACACUGAUGUGUCUGUGCUUUAAUGUGACAAGUUCAAAAGUACAUGGCUGAAGGCGUGACUGUUUAAACAUGUCUGAUGUUGCACACUUUGCCUCUCUCUUGCUCUCUCCGCAGAGUUUCAAUGCUCCUCCACGUUCUAAGAUGAAGUUAUGGAAAGGUGCUACUUUUGCCUUCAUGCUCUGUGCUGCAGCCCUGUCCACCAUCCUCAUUAGAAACAUGGCCACCAUCAGACAGUUCAAGCUUAACACAAAAUAUCCAUCUUCACCCUCGUCGAGACCGUCUGCAUUAUUAGAAUCAGCAUCCAAGACCUCACCGCCAUCAUCGUCAUCGCCCUCCUCAGAAUCAAGGCCAGUGCCCCAACAGAUGGGUGAUCUGCAUCGGAGGAAACGCUCAACAGACGACAUGAAAUCUUUCCUCUCAGAGUUUACCAUGAUGUUGCAGAGCUUCACCGAGGGCGAGCUUCAGCACAUGGUCGGAACUGUGCUAGAAACUAAGCGAAGGAAGAGCCGGCGGCUUGCUAAGACCCAGGGCCGCAGGACUAAAAGGGCCCGAAAGCCCAAGUCGUGCACCGUCAGGACGCUCGAAGUGAAAGUUAAUGAACUGGGUCUCGAAUAUAAGAGCGAAGAGACUGUGCGGCUGCGCUACUGCAGUGGCAAAUGCGAUAAACACCGGGAAAACUAUGACAUGGUCAUGAAGCACAUGAUGACAGUGGGCUUCAGAGAGAAGGGCCGCAGGGACAAAGUUAGCAUUCAGCCCUGCUGCCGACCGACUGCAUUUGAGGACUUUACCGUCCUGGACACAACAGUAAACCCCAGCCGCUAUCGGAACAUACACAACGUAUCUGCAAAGAACUGCGGAUGUGUAUGACCCAGAGAUAUGGACUUCUUUAUGCUGCUCUCUCUCUCUGAUGGAAGAGUCAUGGUUGCUGUUAACAGAAAAUCUAUGGAGUAUAAACUCAAUGAGAGGAAGAUGUGAAUAUGUUCCUGGAUGCUCCAAAGCAGCUUUUUAAAAUAAUAUUUUUUUUUUUUUUUUUGUUGGACAGAUAGACUAUGGCAUUUGACCAUCAGUCUUCACAAGCUGAGACAGUGUCACGUGGACACCAAGACUUGACAUGUACAAAGGCAGACAAUGGCUGCUUAAAUCACAAGUUUUUAUCUUUUCUAUCCAUGUAGUAACACUGUAAACUGUGGUGUAACAACAAUGUAGCAAGGUUUUGUUUGUGAUGUCAUAUUUCAGUAGUAAAUGAAACAGAUUAUGAUUUAUAAGCUGUAGGGGACCAGAUCAGUGCUGUAACUGGACUUCAUUCCCACCGGUGUUAAUCACAGGACACUUCAGCCUCGUGGCCUGAUUAUAAUGUUUUGUGAUCUGGCUUAAAGCGUGUUGUUAUUACAGGCCAUGACUUUGGUUCCCUACUUCUAUGCAAUGUUACUAACUGCAGUGUUAUUACACAGGUAAAAGAAAAAAGUGUUACUGAUCAGAAUUUGCUAAUGCAAAUCUAUAGCUCCAGGUUUCAUGCUCACGUUAAAAACUCCAGUGUAUGUCGAUUUGUGUUGAAUAACAGCAACAGAGCAAUUUAAACAUUUCACACAUCGGCUCCCUUGAGUUCUACUUUCUCAAAACACCCCAGUCUAAAAAACGCAAUUACCCAUAAUUUUCAGGAAUUAUUUUCCCCAAAUAAUUGCCAUAACACACCAAGUCAAAUCAACACGCGCGGGAAUCCACAAAGUUACAUUCAUAAACAUCGCACGUAUCAGGUUGCCGGUGAUAUAACCCGUUUCAUUUUUGUCUCUGGGUGUCAUUUGUGAAUGUUUACACUUGCACAGUCAUUAGCUAAUUUGAGAAGCAGGUGUAAAAGAGAAAAAUGGUUUUAGUGAAAAACUAAAAACUUGGCAAAGUAGAUGCUGGGGUCUGAAGUGAUGUUCGCACCUCUCCAUAAAACCAUGUAACCUUUCUAAUCCAAAACCCACAGUACAGCCUUCCACUGGCCCUUCAAAUGCCUCCUUUGUUGUAUUGCCUGGUUGACUUUUAGGGGAGAAAAAGCUGUUGAAAUGAAUCAUUAAGCAUCUUUUUCACCUUCGCCGAUUUUUAUUUGGUUUGAACCCAUAGCAACUGGCUGAAGUAAAAACACAUUAUGUCUGUCUGGUUUUUUUUCCUUUUGACUUUUUUUUUU